UUUCUCACUCGGGUGGCUGGCCUGAGCUUUUGGUUCCGGAGUAGGACGCCUGGAGAAAGAAGCUUUUUUUAACCCUCGUUUCCUUUUCGUAAGCUUCCUCGCCCAUGGAUUCUAAGCUGUGACUGCUACUAUAGGGAACUACGGACAGUCACUAUCUCAGCUCUGUGAUGUGCGUUCUCCCACUAGAAGCUUUUCUGAGCUGCCGAGGUAACCGCGCCCCCUUGGCGCGCAGCACUGCGCGUGCGCGGGGCACCACAGGCUGUGGGCUGUCACCUUGAUCUCUACUGCGCAUGUGUAAACGGCACUGACCGAGGAGGUGGAUCUGGUCUUCCUAAGGGCAAUUAAAAAGCAUUGGAAUGGAAAGAAAAUGCUGUAGGCGUCCUGGGUUAUGUUCCUCAACGAUGUAUACAUUCCUACUGGGUGCUGUAUUCAUUGCUUUAAGUUCAAGUCGGAUCUUACUGGUAAAAUAUUCUGCCAAUGAAGAGAACAAGUAUGACUAUCUUCCAACUACUGUGAAUGUGUGCUCAGAACUGGUGAAGCUAGUUUUCUGUGCGCUGGUGUCCCUCUGUGUUAUAAAGAAAGAAAAUCAUCAAAGUAGACAUUUGAGAUGUGCUUCCUGGAAGGAAUUCUCUCAGUUCAUGAAGUGGUCCAUUCCUGCUUUUCUCUAUUUCCUGGAUAACUUGAUUGUCUUCUAUGUUCUAUCCUAUCUCCAACCUGCCAUGGCUGUUAUCUUCUCAAAUUUUAGCAUUAUAACAACAGCUCUUCUAUUCAGGAUAGUGCUCAAGCGGCAUCUAAGCUGGAUACAAUGGGCUUCCCUUCUGAUUCUGUUUUUGUCUAUUGUGGCCCUAACUACUGGGACUAAAACUUCACACAAUAACCUGACAGGCCAUGGAUUUCAUCAUGAUGCCUUUUUCAGCCCAUCCAAUUCCUGUCUUCAUUUCCAAAACGAAUGUUCCAGGGAAGAUAAUUGCACAACAAAGGAGUGGACUUUUCCUGAAGCUAAGUGGAACACUACAGCCAGAGUUUUCGGUCACAUCCGUUUAGGCUUGGGCCAUGUUCUCAUUAUAGUACAGUGCUUUAUGUCUUCAAUGGCCAAUAUCUACAAUGAAAAGAUACUGAAGGAAGGGAACCAGCUCACUGAAAGCAUCUUCAUACAGAACAGCAAACUCUAUUUCUUUGGCAUUGUUUUUAAUGGGCUGACAUUGGGCCUGCAGAGCAGCAACCGGGAUCAAAUUAAGAACUGUGGGUUUUUUUAUGGCCACAAUGCAUUUUCAAUAGCCCUUAUUUUUGUAACUGCAUUCCAGGGCCUUGCAGUGGCUUUCAUCCUGAAGUUUCUGGAUAACAUGUUCCAUGUCUUGAUGGCCCAGGUCACCACUGUCAUCAUCACAGCAGUGUCUGUCCUGGUCUUUGACUUCAAGCCCUCCCUGGAGUUUUUCUUGGAAGCCCCAUCUGCCCUUCUCUCCAUAUUUAUUUAUAAUGCCAGCAAGUCUCAAAGUCUAGAGUAUGCACCUAGGCAAGAAAGGAUCCGAGAUCUAAGUGGCAAUCUUUGGGAGCGUUCCAGUGGGGAUGGAGAGGAACUGGAAAGACUUACCAAACCCAAAAGUGAUGAAUCAGAUGAAGACACUUUCUAAUUAGUACCCAAUUGGUUGUCAGCUCUCACCACUGUAUUUUCACAUUUGCAAUAUUUGUAAUCUAUCUUCUCAUUUUGAUAAACUAAGAAUAGUCUAAAACAUAACACUCUUUGCAUAUACUUAAACACUCCCUAAGGGUUCUAUCUCCAAAAGUGAGAGAUUUCUAAGAAUUGAUGUAGAAACAAUAACAUAGAGACUAUAUUAAUAGCUCACGACAACAAUGCAAAUUUUCAUAUUAUGCCCUUCAAGGUUCCAAAAAACUUUUGAGUUAUCAUGUUAGACCCUAUAAAUAGAGAGAUCACUUCCCCAGAUAUUUAUGAUUAUGCCAUGCUGAGCUGCAUGUCAUAGUCUCCCCUUAGUUAUUAUUGUAAAUAUUAUCCCUCAAAAAUUUUGUUUCCUAGAGAUAGUCUUGUUGCCAUUAAAAAGCAUGAGACUCUAAAAAAUUGUCUCAAGGAUGUAUCUGGUAGUGGUGUAGAUUUGGAAUAACGUAGUCUGUAGUCAAUCAAUGUUUUGCUUAAAAAGCAGUUUUUGAAAAACAAAAUUUGAGAAUUUUCAUUUUUAGGAAUUUAUGAAAAUUUUUCUUUUUAAUGAUUAUCUUUUUAUAUUGUGUAUACAGAUAAGCUUUAUUUAUAUGAAAGUUCCCAAGUCAUCACAAUUACCAUUAUAUUUUAAGGCAUUGUAGGGAUUUUUUUUCCCUAUUUAACUUGUUACUUUUUAAAGAACUGUACAUAAAAAGGUAUUUUAUUAGUUGUGAAUUAAAUCUGUGACUGUUAAAUACCUUUAUUUAUUUUAUAACUAUGAGUCAAGACACUGGCUUUGGAAUCACACCAGAUUGUCAGUAAGACUAAUGUCUGAGUUGCUUCACAAAGAGUCUUUUUGUAACUAGAUGUUAACUUUUAACAUGAGUAUUAUUACUAUAAAAGUAGGAAAGCCGGUAAUCAGUAAGUCAGUUACUCUAGUAGUUCAUCCUCAGUGCAUGGUAUUUUUCAAGAUAUUUUUGCAUGCAGCCAAUUGAUUCUUAUUGACUCUUACCAGUCCAGCAGUCAGGUUGAUAGAUAAUUCAAAAGUGAAAAAAUAGUGACUUGUUCCAGGUCAAACAGCUGGAUAAUGAUGGAAAAAAUAAGCUUUCACUGACUUGUUUGUUUACCAAGUCUUAUACUGUAAACAUGAAUUACAAGACGUCAUGCAGCAUACACAUUCCUCCUUUCUUCAAGUUUUUAUGACUUUUGUAUAUAAUAUUGUUAUAUAAUCUGUGAUGUGCAAAAUAAUAUGAAUGAUGAUAGUAAGUUCAUAAUUAAAAUUAUUAAAUUCA